AUGGCAGGAAACAGCCUCGUUCUGCCCAUCGUCUUGUGGGGCCGCAAAGCCCCCACGCACUGCAUAUCCACCCUGCUGCUCAUGGAGGACGCAUCAGUCAUUGUCACAGGAUGCCACGAUGGACAAAUAUGUCUCUGGGACCUUUCUUUGGAUUUAGAGAUUAAUCCCAGAGCUCUGUUGUUUGGUCAUACAGCCUCAAUUACUUGUUUAUCAAAGGCCUCUGCUUCCAGUGAAAAGCAGUAUAUAGUGAGUGCAUCAGAAAGCGGGGAGAUGUGUCUGUGGGAUGUGAAUGAUGGGAGAUGCAUAGAGUUUACUAAACUAGCCUGUACACAUACUGGCAUACAGUUCUAUCAGUUUACAGUUGGGACUCAGCGUGAAGGGAGACUAUUGUGCCAUGGACACUAUCCAGAAAUUCUUGUUGUGGAUGCUACCAGCCUUGAAGUUCUUUAUUCUUUAUUAUCAAAGAUAUCCCCUGACUGGAUCAGCUCCAUGACUAUCAUUAGAUCCGAUAGAACACAAGAGGAUACUGUUGUAGCAGUCUCGGUGACUGGCAUCCUGAAAGUAUGGAUAAUAACCUCUGAAGUUAGUCGGAUGCAGGAUACAACACCAGUAUUUGAAGAGGAGUCAAAACCUAUUUAUUGUCAAAACUGUCAAAGCAUUUCUUUCUGUGCAUUUACCCAGCGGUCGUUGUUGGUAGUGUGUUCCAAAUACUGGAGGGUUUUUGAUGCUGGAGAUUACUCCCUCUUAUGUUCAGUUCCUAGUGAAAAUGAUCAGACCUGGACUGGUGGCGACUUUGUGUCAGCUGAUAAAGUGAUUGUAUGGACGGAAGAUGGACAAAGUUUCAUAUAUAAAUUACCAGCCAGCUGUCUACCAGCUAGUGACUCAUUUCGCAGAGAUGUGGGGAAAGCAGUAGAAAAUUUAAUUCCACCUUUAUUGUACAGUGUGUUGGACAGAGGAGAUAAACAGCUGCUAAUAUGUCCUCCAGUUACUCGGUUCUUCUGUGGACACAGGGAGUUUUUCUACAAGCUGUUAAUCCAAGGCGAUUCUUCAGGGAGACUGUGUAUUUGGAGUGUGCCUGAUACUGCUGAACAACAAGGUAGUGCAAAAGGGCUGCAAACAACAACUUCAAUAUCCCUCCAGGAAGCUUUUGAUAAACUUACUCCUCGCCCUGCUGGGAUUAUAGACCAACUAAGCUUAAUACCAAACAUCAACGAACCACUUAAAGUUACAGCCAGUGUGUAUAUCCCAGCACACGGGCGUUUGGUUUGCGGUCGUGAAGAUGGAAGCAUUGUUAUUGUGCCAGCAACACAAACGGCUAUUGUUCAGCUGCUGCAAGGAGAGCAUAUGCUUAGGAGAGGCUGGCCACCUCACCGGACUCUCCGAGGCCACCGAAACAAAAUUACUUGUUUACUGUAUCCUCAUCAGGUUUCUUCUCGUUAUGAUCAAAGGUAUUUGAUCUCGGGUGGUGUGGAUUUCUCAGUCAUCAUAUGGGAUAUAUUUUCUGGAGAGAUGAAACAUAUCUUCUGUGUACAUGGUGGAGAAAUCACACAACUUCUAGUUCCACCAGAAAACUGUAGUGCAAGAGUCCAGCACUGUAUUUGCUCUGUUGCCAGUGAUCACUCAGUAGGCCUUCUGAGUCUGCGGGAGAAAAAAUGCAUCAUGCUGGCAUCCCGUCACCUUUUCCCUAUUCAAGUAAUAAAAUGGAGGCCUUCCGAUGACUAUCUGGUGGUAGGAUGUUCAGAUGGGUCUGUCUAUGUCUGGCAAAUGGAUACUGGUGCGCUGGACAGGUGUGUGAUGGGAAUAACAGCAGUGGAAAUCUUGAAUGCCUGUGAUGAGGCAGUCCCAGCGGCUGUGGAUUCCCUGAGCCAUCCUGCCGUCAACCUGAAGCAGGCCAUGACUAGGCGUAGCCUGGCUGCUCUGAAAAACGUGGCGCAUCAGAAACUACAGACUCUUGCCACUAACCUGCUCGCUUCCGAAGCGUCUGACAAGGGGAAUUUACCUAAAUAUUCACAUAACUCCCUGAUGGUUCAAGCUAUAAAAACUAACCUAACAGAUCCAGAUAUACACGUGCUCUUCUUUGAUGUAGAAGCACUGAUUAUUCAGCUACUGACUGAGGAGGCCUCCAGGCCCAACACUGCGCUCAUUUCUCCAGAGAAUUUACAGAAAGCCUCUGGCGGGUCUGACAAAGGAGGGUCCUUUUUGACUGGUAAACGAGCAGCCGUCCUCUUCCAGCAGGUCAAGGAAACAAUCAAAGAGAAUAUAAAAGAGCAUCUUCUUGAUGAUGAAGAUGAGGAUGAAGAAUCGGUAAGACAGAGAAGAGAAGACGGUGAUCCAGAAUAUCGCUCUAGCAAAUCUAAACCAUUAACUUUAUUAGAAUACAAUCUAACCAUGGAUACAGCAAAGCUUUUUAUGUCCUGUCUUCAUGCCUGGGGCCUGAAUUCUGUUCUAGAUGAGCUUUGCCUUGAUCGUCUUGGGAUGCUUAAGCCGCACUGUUCAGUGUCUUUUGGCCUCCUGUCCAGAGGAGGCCACAUGUCUCUGAUGCUUCCUGGCUAUAAUCAGCCAGUAGGCAAACCAUCGUAUGAUAGCAUGGAGUUAGGAAGGAAAAUGUCCCUUACAGAAGGACUGGGAAAAGGGACGUAUGGUGUGUCACGUGCUGUCACGACUCAGCAUCUCCUGUCUGUUAUCUCACUGGCCAACACACUGAUGAGUAUGACCAAUGCAACCUUUAUUGGAGACCACAUGAAGAAAGGUCCAACCAGGCCACCUAGGCCAGGCACUCCUGAGAUGUCAAAAGUGAAGGCACCCCCUUCAAUUUCAAGUCAUGCAGCACAAGGACAAAUUAAGCAAGUUGCUCCUGCUGUUUCUUCUAGCACUGAAGCUGGUCACUCUGGCUCUGACACUGCUCCUACUUUACAUACCUGUUUCUUAGUCAAUGAAGGGUGGAGCCAGCUCGCUGCUAUGCAUUGUGUAAUGCUCCCUGACCUGUUGGGACUGGAUAAAUUCAGACCUCCUCUUCUGGAGAUGCUGGCUCGCAGGUGGCAGGAUCGAUGCUUGGAGGUAAGAGAAGCUGCCCAGGCCUUGCUGCUAGCAGAACUGAGAAGAAUCGAGCAGGCAGGUCGGAAAGAAACCAUUGAUGCUUGGGCUCCUUAUUUACCGCAGUACAUUGACAGCGUUAUAUCACCUGGAGUAACCACAGAAGCUAUUCAAACUGGUAGUGCAAGCCCAGAUUCAUUGGGAACAGAGGGAAAAGUUCAGGAAGAAGAGCAUGAUCUGGUUGAUGAUGACAUCACGGCAGGAAAUGUAAUUCACGUAAAAACAGGGUUUUUCAACAAAGCUGCUUGUAUUUGA